AUGCCAAGGAAAAGGGGCCGUCAAACGUCGUCUGGUCGCCACACAGCCCUAGACGAGCUGUCUUUCUCUGUGAGCCACAUGGAGUGCUUCCUGUGGGAAGGCCACUACGCCCAGCGCCUGAGCUCUUCCCCACCCAUCUUCCUAGCAGCCAUCAUGCAGCACCUGACUGCCAAGGUCCUGGAGCUGGCAGGCAAUGAGGCCCAGAACAGCAGUCAGAGGCACAUCACCCCAGAGCUGGUGGGCAUGGCGGUCCACCACAAUGCUCUGUUCAGCGGCUCUUUUGGGAUGACAACCAUCUCCCUGGUGGCCCCAGCCUGGCACUAG